UAACCUAUAGCCGUGCAUCCUGAAUGAAAGUAAGUUUGGAUUCACAUGUUUAAAGCAAGGGCCUAUGAAUCUGCGUUUUAUGUACACACAUAUCUGGGAUUAUAUACUAGUUUGAUCACCACUAUGCUAUGAAAAUUCAACAUUAGCUGGUUUCUUUGCUCUUCAAAUCUUUCUACUUUUGAAGAGAUUCAAAAAUUGGGUUUUAAAAGAAAAGCAUUUCACACCAUUUCUCUCAUCUUUUAAUUAUCCAAACAGGUAAUUAGGGGCAAGAGAUUUCUAUUUAUUUUCUUUUCUUUCCAAAUCACCUAAUCUAAGCGGGUGGCUAAUGAAAAUUUCCAAAAUGUCCGUUAGACAAUCAUUGGGAGGGUUUGGGAUUUAAUCCUCUUCAAACCUUAAGAAGAACAAUUUAUUCUUUUGCUUAGAUACACGUUACGAAGAAUAAGUUGUCAAACACUUUUCAAAUUAACAGUAUAUUCUAAAAUCUUAUUUUGUAUUAGUCCCAUAACUAUUUAUCAUAUUCACCAGAAGGCAAACUCGUGCAGAAUCAUUGGCAACCCAUUUCAAGCAGCUCCUCCAGAGGCUGACUAACUUUGAGUUCUAUGGAUCCUUUUUUUAAAUUUUUUUAUUUUAUUUAAUAUAAUAUAUAAACAAUUUACUUUACUUUCAAGUUUGAAUCAAAUAGUUCAUUAUAUUUCUGGAUUUGUUAUUAAUUCAAUUUUUAACUUUGCCACAGGAUAAUAUGGAGUACAGGUUCACGAGUGUAUAAGAGAUUCACCUUGCCCUCCUCAGUGAUUAUGGCAUGCUGGUGUCAUAUGGGUGAUAUGUCUGAGGCAUCACUUUGUGUUCUACAAAGUGAUAGUUUGACAAUCUAUAAGACAACAGGUUCGUGAUAGAAGAAGGCCCAACUGCUCCUGGUAAAAAGCCCCUGGUAAAAAGGCCCCUGGUAAAAAGCCAACUGGUUUAGGUGCUGCUCCAACUGCUCCCACGUCCACUGUUGAUGCUUAUGAAAAGCUUCUUUCCUCUAUCCCAGAGUUCUCGAGCUUUGGGAAGCUUUUCAAGUCUUCGGCACCUGUGGAGCUUACAGAGGCUGAAACAGAAUAUGCAGUUAAUGCUGUUCAGCACAUUUUUGAUAGGCAUGUGGUGUUCCAGUACAACUGCACAAAUUCAAUUCCCGAGCAAUUACUGGAAAAUGUCACCGUUGUUGUGGAUGCUUCUGACACCGAGAAAUUUACUGAAGUGUCAACAAGGCCUCUAAGAUCUCUUCCAUAUGAUUCACCAGGACAAACAUUUGUGGUAUUUGAGAAACCAGAAGACAUUCUUCACUUCAAACAACUCCUCAAUGAAAAUCCAAGCCUACUUCUAAAACUAACACCUCAUGAAAACACACCACUUCAUAUCGCCACACAGUUUGGACACAAAAACAUUGUUGCUGAGAUUUACAAUCGGCAGCAGUUCCUCCUUGCUCAGCCGAACUUGGACGGAGACACACCUCUACAUGUCGCUGCGAGAGCUGGCCGCAUCUCCAUUGUUAGUUUUCUAGUCAACGAGCUGUUAUCUUUGUCUUAUGGAGACAUCGAAAACAGAGGAAACAGAGAGACUGAGAUUCUGAGGAUGAGAAAUAAGUGGGGCAACACAGUUUUGCAUGAGGCUGUGAGGAACCAUAAUCUCAGAGUGGCUGAGUUUUUGAUAAAGGUUGAUCCUGAGCUGGCCUGUUUCGAGAACAACACGGGUGAAUCCCCAUUGUAUCUGGCUGCUAGAGAUGGAAUGCUGGAAAUUGUGAAGCGCAUACUGAUGGCAGCUUGUUAUUCGGCUUAUGGCGGGUCAGAUGGCCAAACAGCUUUGCAUGCUACCAUCGUAGAGGGGAAUUUUGAUGCCAUGGAAGCCCUUGUUAGAGCGAAGCCAGAACUAAUAAAAGAAGCUGAUCAUCAUGGUAGAACCCCACUCUACUACGCAGCAUCUAUGGGAGACCGCAGGACAGUUCAAAGAUUACUUCAACUUCACACCGACAUAGUAUACAUGUCCGAUCAAGAUGGGCUGUCACCACUUCAUGUCGCGGCAUCCAGAGGCCAUACCAACAUAAUCAAAGAGAUCAUCCAAUGUUGCCCGGAUUCUGGAGAACUGCUGGAUUUAAGAGGCCAAAACACUCUUCACUUUGCAGUCCUCGGUGGAAAAUCUAGUGUUGUUAGGUACAUUUUAGAAACAACAGAGCUAGAGGGGCUUAUAAACCAGGCAGAUAAUGAUGGAAACACACCUUUGCACUUGGCUACCAGAGAGAGAAAAAGUUGGAUAGCACGUUACUUGAUUUGGGAUGAGAGAGUAAAUCAAAGAGCCAAGAACAACAUUGGCCAAACAGCCAUCGACUAUGAGGAGUCGAUUAGAAAGGCAUACUCGAGAUUUCCAAAGAAAUCAAAAAAUUGGAGACAACCUUGGUCCCUAAAUACAUUGACCACCAAAGAAAAGAUUCCCCCAAGCACAAGCAAGGAGGGAGCUGCAGCUGCAGCUGCUGCUGACAAAAUGGAAACUUACAAGCAAAUGGGUCACACCCUCUUAAUGGUAGCAACACUAAUUGCCACCGUCACAUUUGCAGCUGCUUUCACAAUUCCCGGAGGCUUCAACAACAACGUUGGCCCAGAUCAAGGGCAGGCACUUUUGCAAUCAAGCCUACAUCUUAAAUGGUUCCUUGUCUCGGACUCCAUCGCUAUGAGUUUCUCUGUGAUUGCAGCUUGCAUACUCUUCUGGGGAGCUGUUAUUGCCGAAGAAACCUAUUUCUACUACUUUGCUAGUGCCACUGUGCUUACACAUGUUGCACUGUUUUCAACUGGUGUCGCCUUCACAACUGGCUUGAUUGCUAUUAUGCCCAAUCAACCGUUUGUUAGCAUCUUGUGUCGUAUAAUAGGGUCACUUUUCCAUGUCGGGAACUUCCUGUUUUUUUUCCGGUUGGCACAGAUUUUUUCUUUAGGGGAAGUUUGUCAGUUCUUGAUUUUUCGCCUCAAGACUAAAUUUAUCAAAAGAUGAACUCUUGCAAAUAUGCAUAAUCCCAAAUUGAUCAUUCCAUGUAAAUGUACAAAGCAGAACUAUUGGAAUCUGUGAUUUUGAUCUUUGAAUUCGUGAUAUCGAUCCAACUCUACAUGAUCCAAUACGGUGUGUGUCAGAGUUGGGGUUUUCAUUCUGACAAAAUUUUCAAAUUUGAAGACUUAUGGGAGAUAAUGACUCUACUGCUCCAUUUUAUUGUAGAAGCCGAAGAGGACUCCGAAUAGUUUUUUGUGCUCUUAAUAACGACAACUUGCUGUUUAGAAGUUUACUUUGACUGGAAUUGAUUAACAUUUUCAGAAUAAACUACACCAUUCAAGAACUUCAAGAAUGAAUGAAACAUAAACAAGUCUCAAACCUUGGAUACUCCAAUGCUUGAACAUCAUGAUUAAACUAGCGAGUUUGAAAUUUUGAAUACCACCACCACAUUGUUUGAUUAUGGCUGAGUGAAAAAUAAGAUAAUAUUUGAAGGAUUGUUUGUGACCGUUGGAUUGUAUUGGGAUGAUUCCAAAAAAUGACAUUCAAUAAUUCACAACAAUCUAGACAAGACUGUAAACGUAUCCAAAUACAUGUUGAAUUGAGAAUAAUUGGGAGACAAAAUCUUAAUAGGAAGCUCCAAAUGUCCCCUGGUUCAAUCUAGACCUGUCUAAGAGCAUCUCUAAUUCUUCAUCAAAUUCAAAUUUACUAACAAAAAAUGCUAAAAACGUACUCCAAC